AUGCCGAAGCGUGGAAGGGGUGGUUCGUCUGGUGGAAAGUUCCGAAUUUCGUUGGCCCUUCCUGUUGGGGCCAUAAUGAAUUGUGCUGAUAACAGUGGUGCAAAAAAUUUGUACGUAAUUGCCACAUUUGGUGUUCGAGGUCGUCUAAACCGUCUUCCAUCGGCAGCAACUGGUGACCUUAUUGUUUGUUCAGUUAAAAAGGGGAAGCCAGAGCUAAGGAAAAAAGUGUUAUAUGCUGUAGUAGUCCGACAACGCAAAGCCUUCAGACGGAAAAACGGAGUAUUUAUUUAUUUUGAGGAUAAUGCUGGUGUGAUUGUCAACAACAAAGGAGAACUUAAAGGUUCAGCAAUUACCGGUCCGGUGGCUAAAGAAUGCGCUGAUAUGUGGCCGAAAAUUGCAUCAACUGCUAGUUCAAUCCAUUAG